AUGAUGAAGUCGCAGAAGAAGAGGAAAUCGGACGUACAUAUAGAGUCGGCGUCAACGCAUCCACCCAAAAAGGAUCGUCCAUGGUACGACGAAGAGAUUCGCUCUGGAGUGAAGGAGGCUCCUGAAAAAAGUAGGAGAAAAAGUAUUGUCGGCCUAGGCAAAGGGCUAUUGAAGAAAAUGAGAAGCUCUUCGGCGUUAAAAGAUCGCAAUAACAGAGAUAUGUCAAUAUGUGCUAUGUCGUCCAGCACAAGUGCAAUGCCUGUGUUCAAACAUCCGUCCCUAGAUAUAACACUGGAUCCAAUGCCAGAAGAUCAGGUCUCUUAUAAAAGUGAUUCUAGUGCUUUGUCUGCAGACAGUUGCGUUUUGCCUCCCUCUUUCCAUCGUAACAAGGACCUUGUUCGUCUCGUGGGAGAGCUGCCUAAAGAUGCACAAAACUGGGGCGAAGGCGUUUCGUUCACCUCGGAAUCCGUCUCUGAGGAUAGCGCCUCUAACAUUGGCAGUGUGGCUUCUCUUUGCACUCCAGCAAGAGAUUUUAGACGUGGGAAAUCUAACCGGGGCAGUGCUCGGAGUAUGCCUCCAGAAUCUGAACUCAUACGCGGGUUGUGUAAUAGCGCUAUACGCCGCACAUUCUCGUCAGUUUCUGAUACCGUUGCAAGCCCUCAACGAUUCACACGUGAUAGAUCAGUGAGACUGAGAGAAAAACUUCUGUUGAGUGCAAGUAUGGCGGAGUUACCUGAAGAAGAGGUUGCUCCUCUGGCUACUUGUAGCGAGGUGAAUGAGUCAACAACACCUGUGCAUGUCGCAGAAGGAUCAAGUCGAAGAAGUCAUUGUGUGGUCAACGCUCCGCUCCAAAUCUCGAAUAUUCAGUUCGAGGAAACGCGAUGGGUCAACACCUCUUUCUGUCAGCACGAUUGGUAA